AUGGAGGACAGGACAUUUGGGGAUGGAGGACAGGAGGACAUUGGGGAUGGAGGACAGGAGGACAUUGGGGGAUGGAGGACAGGAGGACAUUGGGGGAUGGAGGACAUUAGGGGAUGGAGGGCAGGAGGACAUUGGGGGAUGGAGGACAGGACAUUAGGGGAUGGAGGACAGGAGGACAUUGGGGAUGGAGGACAGGAGGACAUUGGGGGAUGGAGGACAGGAGGACAUUGGGGGAUGGAGGACAGGAGGACAUUGGGGGAUGGAGGACAGGAGGACAUUGGGGAUGGAGGACAGGAGGACAUUGGGGGAUGGAGGACAGGAGGACAUUGGUGGAUGGAGGACAGGAGGACAUUAGGGGAUGGAGGACAUUAG